AAACACUCUUAUUUUUCCACCUCUCUUUCUUCCUCCUCUAUCUGAGUGAGUGAGUGAGUGAGACAAAACACUACACAGUGCUUGCUUGCUUUUCUUGCAGCUACAAUGACAGACACCACAGAUGAUAUUGCUGAAGAAAUCUCCUUCCAGAGCUUCGAUGAUGACUGCAAGCUGCUGGGAAAUCUCCUCAACGACAUUCUCCACCGUGAAGUUGGCACCACCUUCGUUGACAAGCUCGAACGGAUUCGAGUCCUUGCUCAGAGUGCUUGUAAUAUGAGGCAGGCAGGUAUUGUGAACAUGGCUGAGCUGCUUGAGAAGCAGUUGGCUUCAGAGUUAUCACAGAUGACACUAGAAGAAGCUCUCACCCUUGCUCGUGCCUUCAGCCAUUAUCUUACUUUGAUGGGUAUAGCUGAAACCCAUCAUAGGGUUCGGAAAGGAGGGAAUAUGGCACAAAUUUCAAAGUCUUGCGAUGAUGUGUUCAACCAGCUGGUUCAGGGUGGCGUUUCGCCAGAUGAGCUUUAUAAUACAGUCUGCAAACAGGAGGUUGAAAUUGUUCUUACAGCUCAUCCCACACAAAUUAAUCGUCGUACCUUACAAUUCAAACACAUAAGAAUUGCUCAUCUUUUGGAUUACAACGAUCGACCUGAUCUUAGCCCUGAAGAUCGAGAAAUGGUGAUUGAAGACCUGGUCAGAGAGAUAACCUCAAUAUGGCAGACAGAUGAGCUUAGGCGCCAAAAACCCACUCCUGUUGAUGAAGCUAGAUCCGGUUUGAAUAUUGUGGAGCAGUCACUCUGGAAAGCUGUUCCUCAUUAUUUACGUCGAGUCAGCAAUGCUUUAAAGAAGCAUACUGGUAGGCCACUUCCAUUGACUUGCACUCCCAUCAAGUUUGGAUCUUGGAUGGGAGGUGAUAGAGAUGGAAACCCAAACGUGACAGCAAAGGUCACAAAAGAUGUUUCACUUCUAUCUAGAUGGAUGGCUGUUGACCUCUAUAUUCGGGAAGUGGAUAGCCUCCGAUUUGAGCUAUCCAUGAACCGGUGCAGUGAUAGGUUAUUAAGACUGGCACAUGAAAUUCUAGAAGAAGCUAACCAUGAGAAUCGCCGUGAAAAUUGGAAUCAGUCCGUGAAGAGAAGUCUGUCACUUCCAACACAACUUCCAGCUAGAGCUCAUUUACCCUCUUUUGCUGAAAAUGGUGAAUCUCAACAUCCUAGACUAGACAUUCCUGGACCUGAUCACAUGCAACUCAAUGACAAGGAUGGUGGGGUUUCUUCAAGUUCAACUACAUUCAAAAGUGGCAAUCCCAAUAUUCGAUUAUCACUAACAGGCUCAGCAAAUUCUAGUGCUUCUUCAGCUGCAGUUUCAUCCCCUCCUUCUCUCAACUCUAGUCAAUUACUUGCUCAGAGGAAGGUCCAGUUUGCAGAGUCCCAGACAGGAAGGUCCAGUUUUCAGAAGCUCUUGGAGCCACAACUCCCUCAACUUCCUGGUAUUGCUCCUUAUAGAGUUGUCCUGGGGAACGUAAAAGCAAAGCUUGAGAGAAGUCGCAGACGGUUAGAACUUCUUCUCGAGGAUGUUCUGUGUGAUUAUGAUCCUUUGGAUUACUAUGAGACAUCUGAUCAGCUUCUGGAACCUCUGCUCAUCUGUUAUGAAUCUUUGCAAUCAUGUGGAUCCGGGGUGCUAGCUGAUGGUCGACUUGCUGAUCUGAUACGUAGAGUUGCUACCUUCGGAAUGGUGUUAAUGAAGCUUGACUUGCGUCAGGAAUCUGGGAGACAUUCAGAAACACUUGAUGCAAUUACAAGCUAUUUGGAUAUGGGUACUUACAGUGAAUGGGAUGAAGAAAAGAAACUAGACUUCUUAACAAGAGAGCUGAAAGGGAAGAGGCCACUAGUGCCUGUUAGUAUAGAGGUUCCAGCUGAUGUUAAAGAAGUCUUGGAUACAUUCCGAAUUGCUGCUGAGCUAGGGAGUGAUUCACUUGGAGCCUACGUGAUCUCUAUGGCAUCAAAUGCAAGUGAUGUCCUUGCAGUAGAGCUUUUACAGAAAGACGCACUACUUGCUGCUAUUGGGGAGUCGGGAAGAGCAUGUCCUGGUGGGACGUUGCGGGUGGUCCCUCUAUUUGAAACCGUGAAGGACUUGAGAGAAGCUGGUUCAGUUAUCCGAAAACUACUAUCAAUAGACUGGUACCAUGAACACAUCAUUAAGAACCAUAAUGGGCAUCAAGAGGUUAUGGUUGGAUAUUCCGAUUCUGGUAAAGAUGCUGGCCGCUUCACUGCUGCUUGGGAGCUUUACAAAGCUCAGGAGGAUGUUGUAGCUGCUUGCAAUGAUUAUGGUAUAAAGGUUACACUGUUCCACGGCCGUGGAGGCAGUAUUGGUCGAGGUGGUGGCCCAACUUAUCUGGCUAUUCAGUCCCAACCACCUGGGUCUGUGAUGGGAACUCUUCGGUCUACUGAGCAGGGAGAGAUGGUAGAGGCCAAGUUCGGGCUGCCACAGAUUUCUGUUAGACAACUUGAAAUAUACACCACAGCAGUGCUACUUGCAACCCUCCGUCCACCUAUCCCACCUCGAGAAAUAAAAUGGCGUAAUCUCAUGGAAGAGAUCUCAAAGAUCAGUUGCGAAUGUUAUCGCAAUGUUGUCUAUGAAAAUCCAGAAUUCCUUUCCUACUUCCACGAAGCCACACCCGAAGCAGAACUCGGCUUCCUUAACAUUGGUAGCCGCCCUGCAAGAAGGAAGAGCUCAACCGGGAUUGGGAACCUUCGCGCUAUCCCUUGGCUAUUUGCAUGGACUCAAACCAGAUUUGUUCUUCCAGCUUGGCUUGGAGUCGGAGCAGGUUUGAAAGGUGCUUGUGAGAAAGGCCACACUGAAGAGCUGAAAGCCAUGUACAAAGAAUGGCCUUUCUUUCAAAGUACAAUGGACCUUAUUGAGAUGGUUUUGGGGAAAGCUGACAUUCCUAUAGCUAAGCAUUAUGAUGAAGUUCUUGUGUCAGAGAAGAGGCAAGAGCUUGGCCAUGAGCUGAGAAGUGAGCUCAUGACAGCUGAGAAGUUUGUUCUGGUGAUUAGUGGGCAUGAGAAACUUCAGCAGAAUAAUAGGAGCUUGAGGAGGCUAAUUGAGAAUAGACUUCCCUUCCUCAAUCCUAUGAACAUGUUGCAGGUGGAGAUUCUCAAGAGGUUGAGACGGGACGAUGACAACCUUAAAAUCAGAGAUGCUUUGCUUAUCACCAUAAAUGGGAUUGCUGCAGGGAUGAAGAAUACAGGUUGAGUUUACUUUUCAAGGAAAAUAAUGUACAUAUACCCUUUAAGCAAUUCAACUUUGUUCACCCGUUUCCCUAUCCUUGCUUUAGAUUUGGUUUGUUAAGGAAAGACUGACAUAGACAAGUGAAUGCCUGAAUUGUUUGUUAUGAACUUAGAAGGUUAUUGUAAUAUAAGAUUGUGAUGGAAAAUUCUGUUUUUUUCUGCA